GUUUGCUAAGUUUAUUUGUCACUAAAGUGCGGUUAUCAGGAUCUAUGACGUUUGUUACCAGCUCAGGUAACAUUGUUGAGCGUCAACCAUGGGGUUUAAAGUAUUUCAAGCAACUACUACUCAACCUCUUCAAUUUAAUAUGUUUAUUCAUUCAGACAAUGUUGCCGUUAGACCUUUUUCGUUCAAAAGCUCCUAGUCAAAGAAAUCCGUGGGAUGGAAGACCACCUCGACCACCUGGAAGACGUUUUGGAGGAUUAGGAGGUUGUGGAGGUGCUCCAGGUGCCCCACCAAUGGCUGGUGGAGGAUGAGGUUAAGCAGUCUUUGGAGUCACUAACUACAAACAGAUUCCAAAGACUGUGAAUAAACUUAUUUGUUAUCAAACUGUGAAAUCCAUUUGUAUGAUGGUUGUCUAGGAAAUCUCUACUUGAUCUAGUCAACCUGAUGAAAAAAUGGAUUGACUGCUUUCAGUAAUUUUUAUUCUGUGCAAAUUCUUUCAGUUGUUUUAAACUUAUAUUUUUGUUAUUCCGUAAUAAAAAUAGGGUUCAAACUCUUGUAUAUUCGCAUAUACUUCUCAAAAUUACGUUGUUCAAUUAAAUACAAUAAAUCCUUAAAUAGUG